GUCACCCACCCGUCUCGCAGACCGACCCAAGCAAAGGAGGGAGCGACUGGAGCAAGCCCGGCCGUCUCGUCGACGCCGCGGACCGGAGCUCGCCGGCGGAGCUAAAAUAUCCGAAGAUCCUCAGUAGCACCCAUCGAGUGGUGUUCUUUUUCAAUAAUCAAGAUUCUACAAGGUGAUGGUUGAGUUGCAACACUGGUGAUCUCCAUGUCUGUGGCUCCACACUUCAAUCUUGGACUUGUUCCCAGGGACAUGAAUGGUAGCAUUCCAGUUAGUUCUGCAAAUUCCUCUGGGCCAAGUAUUGGUGUUAGCUCUUUGGUGACCGAUGGCAACUCAUCACUCUCUGGAGGUGCCCAGUUUCAGCAUAGCACAAGCAUGAAUGCUGAUUCAUUCAUGCGCCUUCCUUCCUCACCGAUGUCAUUUUCAUCCAAUAACAUAUCUGGCUCGUCAGUCAUUGAUGGGUCCACCAUGCAGCAAAGUCCACCUCAAGAGCAGAUGCAGAAGCGGAGAUCAUCUAGUGCAACAUCGCAACCUGGGAUUGAGGCUGAUGGUGCAUUUCAUGGUCAGAAGAAGCCAAGGGUUGAUAUUAGGCAAGAUGAUAUCCUGCAACAGCACUUGAUUCAGCAGCUGCUCCAAGGCCAGAGUUCUCUUCAUUUCCAGGGCCAACAUAACCCACAGCUUCAAGCAUUAAUCCGGCAGCAGAAACUGGCACAUAUUCAGCAUCUACAGCAGCAUCAGUUGUCGCAACAAUUUCCUCAGAUCCAGCAAUCUCAAAUUGGCAUACCUCGACAGCCGCAGUUGAGGCCGCCGCUAGCACAGCCUGGGAUGCAACUACCUGGGCCUGUUAGGACUCCUGUCGAGAGCGGGCUUUGUUCUCGAAGGUUAAUGCAGUAUUUGUAUCAUAAGCGUCAGCGUCCAGAGAAUAAUCCCAUAACAUACUGGAGGAAGCUUAUUGAUGAAUAUUUUGCACCACAAGCAAGAGAAAGAUGGUGUGUGUCGUCAUAUGAAAAAAGAGGGAAUUCUCCGGUUGUUAUUCCGCAGACAGCUCGGGAUACAUGGCGUUGUGAUAUUUGUAAUACACAUACUGGGAAAGGAUAUGAGGCUACCCACGAAAUACUUCCUAGACUCUGUCAAAUUCGAUUUGACCAUGGUGUUGUAGAUGAAUAUCUAUUCCUCGACGUGCCCAAUGAAUUCCGGUUGCCCAACGGAUUACUUCUCCUAGAGCAUACUAAAGUUGUUCAGAAGAGUAUCUAUGAUCAUCUACAUGUUACGCACGAGGGGCAACUGAGAAUAAUAUUCACUCCGGAACUAAAGAUUAUGUCUUGGGAGUUCUGUUCACGACGGCAUGACGAGUAUAUCACUCGCAGGUUUUUAGCACCGCAGGUUAAUCAUCUGCUUCAAAUUGCCCAGAAGUAUCAAGCUGCUACCAAUGAAAGUGGGCCUGCUGGGGUAUCGGCCAAUGAUGCAGAAGCCAUUUGCAACUUGUUUGUGUCAGCAUCAGAACAAUUAGCGAAAAAUCUAGACCGCCACAGCUUAAAUGAACAUGGGCUUUCUAAAAGAUAUGUUCGCUGCUUGCAGAUAUCAGAGGUGGUGAAUAACAUGAAGGACUUAAUUGAGUUCAGCCACAAGAACAAGCUUGGUCCUAUAGAGAGCCUGAAGAACUAUCCCAGACAAAUGGGGCCAAAGCUUACAAUGCAGAACAUGCACGAGGCAAAGGGGACCAGCAUGGAAAUGAGCACCCAUGGGAAUAAUAACGAGGCCCCAGGUGCCAGUACCAUUUGUAGCAGUCCGCAGAAUGCCGCAGCACAAAACAACUACCAGAAUAUGCUGAGAAGCUCAAGCGCAAACCAGGGUUUGCUUCAGCAGGAGGCGUCACAGAAUGCCGCGGUGCUAAACAAUUACCAGAAUAUGCUUAGAAGCUCAAGCGCAAACCAGCUUCAGCAGGAGGCAUCACAGAAUGUGGCGGCACUAAACAAUUACCAGAAUAUGGCUAGGAGCUCGAGCUCAAACCAGAGUUUGCUUCAGCAGGAGGCAUCAAGUAUGUUUAAAGGCUCCACAGGAAUGCACAAUGGCGUUCAGCUGGAUGUGUCUAGAUCCUUCCGUGCGGGUCAGCUUGGCCAGUUCCAGCAGCAUCCUAUGUCGUUCCAGCAAGCUAUGCCCCAGCAUCAGCAGAACAGUUUUGGGGCUGGUGUGAGUACACAGUACCAGCAGCACCUCAUCCAGCAGCUGCUGCAAGAAGCCAAGAGUAGCAACAACCGCAUAAUGGUGCAACAGCAGCAGCAGCCUACCAGCGCGGGAGCCGUGAUCACCAACAGCCCUGCUAGUGGAGAGGCACAUGACAUGAAUAGUGGAGCCGCGAAGGGCGCCCCUCCAGCGAGUACGACGGGGCCCAGCAAUCUAAUCAACAGCGCAGCCGGCAUGGUCCAACGAUGCAGCAGUUUCAAGUCGGUGAGCAGCAACCCGGCUGCUGCUGUGGCUACUUCCGGUGGAAACCCGGUGAGUCCCAAGGCGGAGUCCAUGCACGAGGUGCCCGAGCUGGACCAUCUCAUCAGCAGCGAACUCGCGGAGAGCGGGCUGUUCUUGGAGGAGCAGCAGGGAGGCGGCGCGUACUCGUGGAACAUGUGACCCGCGCACUGCUAAACCGGUUGUUUUUAAGUAAAACGCUUUAGAUUAUUUGAACUUUUUGUCUUUUUUCGAGCUUUCGUGUCGCUGACUAGAACAGUUUCUGAUGAUCAUGAACCGAUGACUGAUGAAACCUUCAGUUAUGUGAGAGUGUGAGGGAUCUGGCUGGGAAACUUGAGAGCAGUGCAAGCCAGUGUUAUUAACUAAUGAAUGCCAUAGCAUGGAUUAUCAUUGUCCUGCAUUCUUGCUGAUUUUCUUAUGGCCCUCGGAAGAAAAUAUGUACUAAAUCAGUGACAAUUUGUAUCGAUCGGAGGGACUAUCUUGUUUCCUUCUUGGGUUUCAAUUCAAAUUGCCUCUUUAAACUAAAA